AUUAGUAGAAUCACCGUUUACACCAUUAUUAUUUCAAAAUUAGUCCCUAAUCCUAGCAUCAAAACGGCACCGUACAAUAGGGCUUUUUAUAUUCAUCCCCGUUGUCUUCGGUUCGCACCUCUCUGCGACCGCGAGCUGCUUCGCCGCUGCAAAGCUUCUUCUUCUCCGUCGCUCUCUGCCGGUUUCCGCCGCCGGAAGCUUCUCCUCCAUGCACCUUUGCUGUCACAGUGACUGUUGAACUUUAUCAAGUCCAAGUUUCCUCCAGAAAGGUGUUUUGAUAAUGGAUAUAAUCUCUCAGUUACAAGAGCAAGUUAAUUUGAUUGCGAAUUUAGCUUUUAAUACCAUUGGGACAUUGCAAAGGGAUGCUCCUCCUAAUCGGAUCUCACCAAAUUACCCUGAACCACCUGCACAACCUACAGAGGAUGGGACAACUUUUUCAGAACAGCCAAAGUUGAUGAGUACUGGCUUGGUGAAGGCUGCUAAGCAGUUUGAUGCACUGGUUGCAGCACUUCCAAUUGCUGAGGGAGGUGAAGAAGCACAGCUCAAGAGGAUUGCCGAACUACAAGCUGAGAAUGAUGCAAUAGGCCAAGAACUUCAGAAGCAAUUGGAAGCUGCAGAGAAGGAAUUACAUCAGGUUCAGGAAUUGUUUAGUCAAGCAUCCGAUAAUUGUUUGAACUUGAAGAAACCGGAUGUCAAUUAGUUGCUUGUGUUGCUGGUGAAGCUGGAGACGAACCAGAACCACAGUUUAGCUCAUCUUGACAUGGAUCUUGGCCUCCUGUCUGGGGAUUUUUAUCUUUUGCAUGAAGUCAUUUAUACAGGAGAUAGCUAUAUUACCUUUUUUAGAAACUAAUCCACCGUUAAGAUAGUGGUAAUUAUAUUGCUCCUCCCGGAGGAAAGGCUUAAUAUUACUCUUCGGUGUUUGGAUCAUUACCAUCGUUUUUGAGGACUACAACAAACGUGACAUUUUAUAGCGUGAUAGUUCUUGAGUGAAGCUCUUGAAAUGUGUGAUUUAAGUAUCAUUUACUUAGUCGUGCAUAGUUUGAUUUGAAUGACUAUCUGCUACAACAAAUACAACUGAUUUGGGUGGCACAGAUACAGAUUCAAUUUUAUUCUAUUUUCAAAUUGAAGAUUUAUCACUUAUGCAUGAUAA